UUGCGCCAUCGUCACCCUCCUCCCGGUGGUGAUUGCAACUCGCCUACGGUUCGAGGCUAGAUUGUGUUCUCCGAGGAUGGGGGGGGGCGGUGUGGACGAGCCCCUAGAAAUUGUGAUUAGUUUCAGAGGUUCGCUUGCCGUGGCGGUGUCGAAAUCCUCUGUACCGGACAUUCCAGCUGUUGAGUCUUCAUUGAUAUUUUAGACUUGCGUGAUUCGGGCAAGCAUGCCGUUAGGGUUUAGGAUGAUUCGAGGUUUUGUGGAGAAUCGAAGGGCUAGACUUGUUCCGUUUUCUCGUGAAGGUGCUUUGGUGGAAGAGUAAUUACGAAUGUUGCGACCUAGCUCUCGGAUUUCAGGGAUUUUUUGGCCUUGAAUUUGGAGGUUAUGUGCCGCGGUAGGAGUCUUGAGAGGAGGGUUUAGGGUUUUAGGAUUUUUAGGAUUCGAAGUUCUGUAGCCUACGCGGUGAUAAUGGGCGCCGAGGAGGAGGUGGCGGGUGCUGCUAAAGCGAUUACCAAGACAUCUGGAGCGCCGCGUAGGUAUGUGCGACAACAGAUUCCAGAUAGCAUUUUGAAUGAUCCGGCGUUGAAAGCAGCGAUGGCUGUGCUGCCGGCCAAUUACAACCUGGAAAUUCCGAAAACUGUGUGGCGGGUGAAGCAGGCAGGGGCGAAGAAAGUGGCUCUACAGUUCCCUGAGGGAUUGCUCUUGUAUUCGCUCACAAUUUGUGACAUUUUGGAAGAGUUUGCGGGUGUGGAGGAUUGUUUUGUCCUGGGGGAUGUUACUUAUGGUGCAUGCUGUGUGGACGAUUACUCAGCUGCUGCGCUUGGGGCCGAGUUUCUGGUGCACUACGGUCAUAGUUGUCUGGUGCCAGUUGACGUGUCGCAAAUUCCCUGCUUGUAUGUAUUUGUUGAUAUCCAGAUUGAUGUUGCGCAUUUGGUGGGAGCUGUGAAACACAAUUUUGAGGUAGGUACCAAGCUCGCAUUGGCCGGUACAAUUCAGUUUUCAACAGCCAUUCAAGUAGCGAAGACACAACUUGUGAGAUACUUCCCACACAUUUUAAUCCCUCAGUCGAAGCCACUUUCCCCCGGUGAGGUCCUUGGGUGCACAUCGCCGUCUCUACCGGAAGGAACAAUCGAUGUGGUCAUCUUCGUUGCUGACGGUCGAUUUCAUCUUGAGGCCUUUAUGAUAGCAAAUCCUAACGUGAAAGCUUACCGGUACGAUCCUUACUCGCGGGUACUGACUCACGAGAAGUAUGAUCAGAAGGGUAUGCGAGAGGCUCGACGCAAAGCUAUAGAAGCAGCUCAAUUGAGCAAUAGGUGGGGCGUAGUAUUGGGAACUCUCGGUCGGCAAGGAAAUCCACAAAUUCUGAAGCACUUGGAGAAGCGCCUGGAGGCGCGUGGGGUUCAGUUUGUCACUCUUCUCGUUUCUGAGCUUUCGCCCUCGAAGCUCGCCCUUUUUAACAGAUCGAUUGAUGUGUGGGUGCAAAUUGCAUGCCCCAGGCUGUCGAUUGAUUGGGGGGAGGCUUUUCCGGGACCAUUGUUAACUCCUUACGAAGUUGAGGUUGCACUUGGAUACGUUAAGCCAUGGUGGGUUGCGGAAGGGUGGACAGAAGGCUCCUGGCCGCAGAAUCGACACAUGGCAAGUAAGCAAACUGUGGAUGUUGCACAUGAAGCUAAUGUUCAAGGCGUAGAAUCUCUCAGUAUAGAAGAAAAGGUACUUAAUGAGGAGUCUGCAGGGAAAGUGGAUGUCGUUGCUACGCCAUCUUUGGAUGCAGCAAACGACUUGGAAGUUGGGCCGUACCCUAUGGACUAUUACGCCAGAGAUGGAGGCCCAUGGAAUUCCGUCUACCAGAGGGGUCCAAUUUCAAGUAGACGAGCUGGUGCCGUCGCAAAGAUCUUUCCGCAAUCGGCUGGAACUGUAGUCAGCAUUACGUGACAAUGUUUAGAAUGUUUAGAAUCCCAACUUGGAUUCAAGGAUGGUUUUUAUGUUCACAGAUGUAUUCCAGGAACUGAUUAUUCUGACUCAAAGAAGGCAGAGUGAAGAGUGAUCAUACUCGACCAGCCUGGUGCCCUGACUUUGUUUCCAGGAUUGAGUGCCUACCAGCAAAUCAAUUGCUAGAAUAGAUGUAGCGUUCGGCACCAAGUCUUCUCUGGAAUUGUCAUUCUCGUGUCAUAUGGCGGAACUACUCGCCGUCAAAUACUUGCGAUUUAAGAUAUCAAAAUGAGCUUCGAAAGAUGAGGCUUAGACGCUUCUUGCAACUAUAUUAUAGUUCCUUGAUUUUACCCACGUAUUUGCAUUCUCUCUUAAUUCAAUUCGAUUACUUCGGUUUUGACUGUUA